AUGAUGUGGUUCACAACGAGAAAGGACCAUCUCGACGAUGGCAUCCCACCAAGCAGGGCGCCAUCCGUCUCAUUCAACUUCAUUUUCAACAACACUCUUAGGAUGGGGUUCGGAAUGCAACUGUUGGGCUUCGUGGGCAUGAACCUUGUCUACUUCGUCUACGGUGGGAAGGGAUUGUUCACCUACAAUCUGGUCGGCCUCCCCGAGGCAAGCAGGCUCGAUGAGGGAUUCCGUUCACACAUCACCACUUUCGCAAUGAUAUACAUGUUAGGAUCGCUUAGCCUGCUGUGCUUCCAGGUCCUGCUCGCCGACGACACAUGCUGGGCAAGGGGAUAUCGCUCGGGUUCGAAGAUCUUGAGGCUUGCCACAUUCCUAGACGCCUUCAGCUCCACGAUGCAGUUCAUAUUCUACCUGUACAUAUCCAAAUUCUACACCCAAAGAUGGUUCGCACACCUCAACGAGGGCAGCUCGGAACUUGUUUUCUUCGUAUUCACCCGAAUCAUGCAUGCCUUUGCCUGCUUCUUGUAUGGGCUGGCCUGCUAUCUUCUCGAAGUAUACCACGACGAGGGAGCUGGUGACCUCCACGCCUACCUCAACGGCGUUUGCUUCGUCCUGACCGGAUGUGCUGAACUCAUGGUGCUUGUAUUCCAGAAGGGCAUGCUCGCCACACCGCUUCUGCUGAUCACUCUGUCGGCUGCGACGCUUUGGGCCGUAUACUUCGAACCGGAGGUCACGUUCGUAUCACCCGCACUGCAAGAAACUGAACUCACGAACGAUGUGGAACACCAGGUCGAGAAAUUCACUCGGCUUACGCCCAGCAGUCAAGUACCGUACUACUGA